AUGCGCACAUUUCAGAUAUCUUUUCAAGAAUUCUCGCUGUGCAGGAAAUGGCUAGAGGGCUUGUUCGAUACGGAUAUUUUCAAGCUUAAUCACGCGGUUGUGCUGCUGUGCUUAAGCCUAGGCAUUGAGCCGAGCCAUAUCGACUCGCGUCGUCCACUGGCAAAUCUCUUGCUUCUCAGUCAGCAUGUCAGCAGUGCUGAAUUUGUCGCUAAGGUUCAACAUCACACGUUGACUGCUCAACUCGCAGAUUCUCUUGAAGCGGAUCUGAGGAAAAUUUCUUGGGCUGAACGUGAAAGAGCGGUAAUCGUUGCAUUGGAUUUUUGA